AUGGUGCAUGGAGUAUACAUACCUACGUCGUCGUCUCCUGAAGGGAGCUUCAUUGGACUCGGUGUAGGAUGCUUGCUGAUUGUUCUGACAGUCCUCAUUGUGGUCUAUCUCCUGAGAAGGCAAAAGAAAUUGUGUUUUGAAGGAGGAGAUGGGAAUCGACCAAAACACAUUGCUUCAGCCACAGAUAACACAAUCCAUGGUUUAGCCGCCCACGCACAAAACGAAAGUGAAGCAUAUGCUGUCAUAACAAUUCCUGACGCAACAGAUGGAACACCGGAGUCAUCCACGGUUCUAACGGCGAUAGCCCGACCCAGUGUUCACAGUGACAUCAUCUGCAUCAACAACGCUCAGAUUAAUGAUGAGAACGAAUACAACGUGUUGUCAACAUCCAACAACUCCAAGAUUCCCGUUCGACAUGAAAAUCCUUACAACCAUCUAUCAGGACCUGACGGAAGAAACAUGUACAAGGGAGAUUACGACACAGCUAACUUUGUUCCACAGACAGAAGAAGUGACCACGGGGCUGCAGAACACUGUCACACAUCCACAACUGUCGGACGAAUCGAGUGGUCAGGUCUUGGAGGAAGACCAGUACAAUGUGCUCGGUCAGCACGACUCUCCCAGAACAGUCGAUGCUGUUGCUGGGUUGUAUGACCUCGUGGCUACGGAUGAGGGGGGACUAUGACACUGCACAGUGGGGAAAGAAUGCCAGCAAGGUUGAUGAUUCUUUCAGUCAUAUACAGAGGACAACUAAACCAUGUAAAGAACAUACGUAUGAUGUCGCAAGUGAAAGGCAGCCGGAACGAUGUGCCGACGACACCUACAACGAUGACGUUAAGGUUGAAGACGGUAGAAACGACACAACCGACUACUACAACACAAGGAGUGUUCUUCGAGACAAUGGGAAUGUUGAAGGACAUGUGGAAGGUGCAUCUGAUAGAAGGGAUCAAGAGAACGUCUAUAGUCUUGCCAAUGACAUUUCUAAUGCAUGAAUAUAGGGCGUAUAUAUAUUGUUGCAGGAUGUAUACUUGUUUACUAAGAGUCAGUUCAGCCUAAUUGUCUGGUGUCAUCUCAUCGUACAACCUGUUAUGUGUAAUUAUGUUCCUGUUUCUUUCUGAUAUUUUUGUUCCUGGUUCUGCAUUAUGUUCUGAUAUUUGUUCAUCCGUCAUGGGAUUUGAGUGAGUGAGUAUGGUUUUACGC